AUGAAUUCCCCAGACUCCGGAACCUAUGAUAGCGGCAGCAGCGACGAGCGACACCAAUCACAACCAAAAACAAAAAUCCAAGCAACCUUCCAAAUCGCCCGCCCACCCCCGAAAUCCCACCAGCGCCUUCGUCUCACCCCAAAGCUCCUGCUCCAAUUCCAGCAACUCACUCCAAACAACCGCCCCAUCCCCGUCCUAGAGAUCUGGCAGCCGUCUUUCCGCAAAUCAAAGCUGACGCGUGGGUUCCCCAAGCGACCGAAACUCAGCACGGGCGAUCUCUAUGCCGCGCUGAACGAGCCGUACAUUACGGGCAACAGCAACAGCCACCAAACCAAUAGUGCAAGAUCCUCGUCGUACGAGAAAGCCGACGCCAAUUCCCAGGAAAAAGAUAUCGUCGCCGUCAUAUGCCGACCCGCAGGCGAGGACCGUGCGUCUGCGAUUCAUUUUCACCAUGCGCGGUGCGCUUGGCAAGCGAUACCCGGUAAUGCGGGCUCGGAGCGCAAUAUCCCCUGUUACCGGUUCGUGGUCGAUAACGAUGAUGAUGAAGCCGAUGAAAGUAAACCAAGUAAUGUCGAGCCUGGGCGCAUGAUUAUGCAAUGGGAGAAGCGGACGCCGCCGGACAGAGGCGACGCGCCUCGCGGGCCAUUGGACAAUGACCAUUUUGUUUUUGUCAUGAUUGAUCGCAAGGCGCGGCGGAAGAGUCGCAUUGCUACGAUGACGCGCGGCGGGCUCGACAUUAGUGUGCGCAAGAGCUCGAUUCUUGAGCAUCUGCAGGCGUGUGUGGAUUCGCUGAGUCCCCGGUCGACGUCGCGGAGUAAUACUGAUUCUGCGGCGAGUCUGGAAACUUGGCUCUAUAUACAUGUCCUUACAUUGGGGGUGUGGGUUGCCUCCCAAGAGGGAUGGCUGAAUUGA